AUGUAUUACCUCAAUUUUAGAUGGGAUGGCGUUCGUGAUGUGCAUAUUUGGCUUUGGGAAACUGGCCACGAUUUUUCCUCAGCUAUUCAAUCGUUCAAUUGCGGGACCAACAAGUUUAUAAAGAACCAUAUCUUUCGUCGCUUGCGUUGGCUCGGGAGCAAGACUGCUUCUCACAUCGUGGCAUUGUUUUACCUUGCAAUUUGGCAUGGAUAUCAUCUAGGAUAUUUUCUCCUCUUCUUUUUCGAAUUUGGAUGCGUGAUUGCUCAGGAACAACUGUACUUCCUGAUUGAAUGUACUCCUUGCUGGCGUGAUUUCAUUGCGAAGCCUGCGGUUAGACCAUUGGUUUGGGUUUUCGGUCGCGUUACUACCAUGUACAGUAUGGGAUUUGGAUUCCUAUGUUUUGGCCUUGUGAAGACGAAGUACUGGAUUGGGGUAAACAUUACUACACAUUGUUCUAUAGCUUUAUGCUAA